AUGGAAGAAGUUACCAACGCCGAUAUCUAUAGGUGGUGUAAAGAAAAGGGCGUGGAACCCUUAUGUAGCUUCGGAUUAGUUGGACAACUUUCAUCGGCCAGUGAUGAUGCAGUCAUUCGGGCUGUUGUACAACUGUAUGGUAUUAGUCAACCAUGUACGGUUGAUCGAUGGAAAGGACAAGAUGGAGAAACUUUUGCUAUCCUACUUAGUAAUAGACUUCCUUUGGAUAACACAUUACUACCCUGUAUGGUGGUGGUUGAAGAUGUCCCUGGGCGAAAAGUUCAACUAGUAUGGCCUGAAACCAUGGAAGAAGCGGCCACCCCAGGAGAAGAUAUAGGAAAUGAUACCACGACUGUAGGAGACUGUUUUCAUAUCCCCAGUGGGGAAGAUCGAACAGAGGAUAAGGAAGAAUCUCCUGGAAAAGGGGUGAAAACCAUGAUGGAUAAAAUGGUUAGUCAGAUGGAGAGAUUACAUUAUGAAGGGGGAUAUAGGAGACUUAGGAUUUUCUCUGGUAUUUCCCCUGUACCUGCUGGUGAAGAAACAUAUGAUACUUGGAGAGAAGCUGCCAUUCAGCACUCUGAAGAGUGGCAAUGUCCUGAGCAUAUCAAACGACAGCGCAUAGUGGAAAGUCUCCGGGGACCUGCUAUGAGAGUGAUUCAAGCCACCAGAAGGAGUAAAUCUACCGCCACUCUGAAAGAUUAUCUAGAAGCGUUGGAUUUUUCUUAUGGCACCAUGGAAGAUGUAGGAGAUCUGAUGUCAAGAUUACAUCGCACCUAUCAGGAGCCGGGGGAGACUCUCACUCAAUAUAUUUAUAGAGUGGAUCGAUUGAUUUAUCAAAUUGUAGAGAAAGGGGGGAUAGUUAGGGAUGCGGUAGAUGACCAACGAAUGCGACAGGUUCUGAAAGGAGCUCUAACUCUAAAUCCAGUUGCACAAAGACUACGUUGUACCCGACGGUCAGGACCCGCACCCAGUCUUACGGAACUUGUGAGGGAGGUCAAGAUAGAGGAAGUACAAAUCGAGAAUCGAGACAAGACUAUUAAGAGAGUCAAAGCUAUCUUACCGGCGAUACCUGCCCCCACCUCCACUGUUAUGGAUGACCGAUUGAUUAAGUUACUGGAAGAUCAAAAUAAAAAAAUAGACCAGUUAAUUGCUUUACAGAGUACAGCUUCAUCAAGGCCCUACUGGUCGUCAGACUCAACCCGAGGAAGGACCAGGGGAGGUGGUAGACGUGGGAAUAUACUCUGUUAUAGUUGUGGACAACCAGGACAUAGAUCUUUUGAAUGCCCAGUGAGUGGUAUGGAGCGGAAUGGACGAAUGCCGUUUUACCACCGGUCCAGAGAGGAGCAGAUGGAAAACCCCAACGGGAGUUCUGUGAACCCCUCACAGGCUCCCCAACAAUAA